UCUGGAAAUCGCAAUUGUGCGGGAAAGCAAAUGGAUAUCAAAAGCGAGACCAGUCCAAUGAACGCGUUAAAACCUUAUGGAAGGGGAUUUAGACAAAAAAAACGUUCUUUGACUUCUAUAACAACUUCGUCUUCAAACACUGAUGUAAACGCAAAGUUUGGAUUCGGACCUCCAUUCCUUUUUUCUCUUCCUGAACCAAUCGAUGAUCCUUGGAAGCUCAAGUCUGAGUUGACCUUAAGAGACAUUGGCGCGAGACCUGUGUCCACACAUGCUUUACGUCGUAUACUAGAAAGAAGAAAAGUACAUAAUUUUUUUGAUAGUGCUCAAGAAAAGUCUAAGAAAAGUAUGAAAGAAAGAAUUGAAGAAACAAGCGAUGAUGAGGUUCGCACACCUAAUAUACAUCGUGUUCAGCAAGCAGUAGAUGUGAAGGUUGAUGAAUACUCGCAAGAAAUACUAAAAUCAAUAUCAGAAUGUUCCAAAAAUUAUCUUGAAAACCGAUGUGCACCCGGAGAUAGGGUUCCGGCAUUAGAGAGUAAUUCAAAUAUUAGGGCCAAAAUUUCUGCAGAAGCAUUUGGCGAGAUAAUCAAUAACCUAAUGGAGCAAUUUUCAUAUAAAACAAUGCUUUUUAUGGUCGGCAUUAUCCUUGCCAUAUUUUUGUCUCGAGCCCUUAUUGAACUAUUCAAAACACGGUUUCUUAAUAAUUUUCCGCCACAAGCGUCCAAUACACAUCCUGGCAUGCAUUCUAUGCCUUCACCAACUCCUAUGACACCAAUGCAUUCAGUUUCUCCAAUUCAGCAUCAUGUAUCUCCCAGUACUUCAAUAGAGAACCCGAUGACAUCACAACAUAAUAACGUUGGAGUGUAUUACGUUGUAACACCAACACGUUAG